AAAAUAUUAUAUCAGAGAAUAAAUUUCUGAAUCUUAUUUUGAAUUUAAUCUUUAAAAAGUAAAAGUGUAUAUACAUAGCUAUAGUAUAGCCAUCUGCAUGGUUGUUCCAAUGUGUUACAAAGCGACUAACAUAACCUUAAUUUAGCACUAUAUUAUUGUUUCGAAAAAAUUUUACGAUAUUUCCUUAAUAACUUUUUUAUAAGAUGGUUGUGUGUAAUCGUGAAUGUAUAGAUAAAAUUAUAAAAUAUCUAGAUGUUUCUCCAGACAAGUUAUGCUCCUGUGAAGAUAAUGUAGCAAAUAUUGGUCAUCUACAUGCAGACGAAUCCGUUAUGUAUUUUACUACUUUUAUACAAGCUUUGGUGAAGAAUUCGAGAUAUCCCAACAUACUUGGUGAUGAUAAAGAAACACAGGCUUUGACGCGUCAAUGGUUAGAAUAUAUAAUAAAUUGUGUUAAUUAUGCAGAUACUCCUGCUCAUGCAAAAAGAGUUUUAAAGGAAUUAAAUGCAGCAUUGAGUGAUCAUACUUAUUUAAGUGGUACAAAGCAAACCAUUGCAGAUAUUGUACUUUAUUAUACCUUAUAUAAAAUAAUGAGUGAAUUAAGUCACCAAGAGAAGGCACAAUAUGUCCAUGUAUCUAGAUGGUUUGACAAUGUACAACAAGAUAAAAAAGUGAGGCAGACAUUGGAUUCAAUCUCAUUCAAUUUGAUGCAUCUAUUCUUAUGAAGUAAAUAAGUUAUUUGAUUAUUUUGUAUACUAUUAUUAUAUACAGUCGAUAUUCAUGAAAAAAUAUAUAAUACAACCGAGGAAAUACUUAUUUUAAAUGUGUGCAAUUUAAAAUAAAUUGUUGUAUAUUUAAUAAUAACUUGUCAAUAAUAUAAAUAUAAUUUAUAAGUAUAAACUUAUCAAAAAAAUUAAGCGUAGUAUUUUUGUCAAUCGAGUAGAAGGAUCAGCUAAAAGAUGGCGUUAGUGCUUUAAUUCUGUUGUCGAUAACAAAAGUAUGUUUGUUUGAUCUGGAUAUUUUUUCGAGUAAUAAGCAUAUUCAUAGUUUAUAAAUAAUGUAGGAGUACAAACGAAAUAGUUUAAUGUAAGAAUCAAUCGUUGUGAUAGAAAUAAAAAUGAUAACGUCAAUCAGCGUCAUCUACCGAAUUAAAA